CAAUUUCUCCAUCCUUCAAUUUCAAUUAUCAUAACUAAGUUUUAACAAAAGAUGGGUUCCAAGGCAUUUCUGUUUCUUGGCCUUUGUUUGGCCAUUUUUGUAAUGAUAAGCUCUGAGGUUUUAGCUAGGGAGUUGGCUGAGACUUCCACCACUUCAGAAGAGGACUCAAAGAAAUCCAAUAACAAGAAUGAAGUACAUGAAGCUCAAUACGGUGGUGGAGGAUACCCUGCCGGAUACCCUGCCGCCAGAUACCCCGUUCCUGGUGGCGGAUAUCCUGAUGGAGGCCGUGGUGGUGGUGUCUAUCCUGGCGGUGGACGUGGAUGCGGAGGAUACUGCCGCUAUGGUUGCUGCGGCCGCCGGAAUUACAGGUGCUGCUCCUACAAAGGUGAGGCCAUCCAUGGAUAAGGUCACUAUAUUGAAGCUAAGCCUCACAACGUAUCAUCAUGUGGAGCAAUAUAUAAAACCUUUGUACUUUGUAAAGCCUCAAGAUGUAAUAGUAAUGAUCUUGCAGCUUUUUAGAGCUUGUUGUAACAAGUUAUGAAUAAAGUUAAGUCAACAACAACAA